AUGGAUCCUCCACAAGAUAGUGCAGCACCACCGUCUCCCCCGGCUCAAAGCGGCGGUUCUUUCGGAAUCCCCGCAAUGCUUGUCUUUGCUUCCAUAGUUAUCAUCGCCUCCCCGGCAAUGGUGCCAUCAUGUUGGUAUACUAGAAACAGCUUAUCCAUUUUGCAUCAAGUCCCUGAAGGCCAUGUUGGUGUUUAUUGGAAGGGUGGGGCUCUUCUAAAAACAAUAACCGAGCCAGGUUUCCAUUUGAAGAUGCCUCUUGUAACCCAGUAUGAGCCUGUUCUAGUUACUCUUCAGACAGAUCAGGUGAGGAAUAUUCCAUGUGGUACUAAAGGGGGGGUAAUGAUUAACUUUGAAAAGAUAGAGAUUGAUGAAAAGAUGAAAGAUGCACUUCAAUGUGGUUGCACAAAGUACGCACCAGGAAUUGAAAUUCUUAGUGUAAGGGUUACAAAGCCCAUUAUACCUGAAAGAAUUAGAAGAAAUUAUGAACAAAUGGAAGAAGAACGCACCAAGGUUUUAAUUUCAAUUGAGAGGCAAAAAGUAGUUGAGAAAGAAUCAGAAACCCAGAAAAAAAUGGCCAUUCAUGAAGCUGAAAAAACAGCCACUGUUAGCAACAUCCUAAGGGAACAAAAGCUAAAGGAGAAGGAAAAUGCCAUGGAACUGCAGGAGAUUGAGAACCAAAUGUUCAUUGCUCAUCAAAAAUGUCUAGCAGAUGCUGAUUUUUAUAGUGCAAUGAAAGAAGCUGAAGCAAACAAGAUGAAGCUGACCCCUGAAUUUCUUGAGCUCAAGUUUAUAGAGGCCAUCGCUAAUAACACCAAAAUUUUCUUUGGUCAUAAGGUACCCGAUAUGGUUUUGGAUCAAAGGCUACUAGUGGGUAACUUCCUUGAGAAUGUGUCGCAACAGGUGCAUGGUGAGAGGCAAAUGAAAUCAGAUGAUAAUGCUUAAAUGAAAUGGUCAAUGUAUACUAUAUACAUGCAUAUAUAAAUAGAAAGUUUAAUCCAUUAUUACAGGCUACUGUUUUGGCUAAUAAUCUUCCUUUGGCUGGUUUCUAAUAUAUAUACUACAGCAAUUUGAUGUUUCAAGAUAAGGAAAUAUUCUUA